GACGUGGCACGAUCUACGUGGGGAAACGGGGAAACCCUGCCCAUCAUCCUACAUUCCGCGGCAGCCAACCCUUCGGACUUGAUGGGCUGAUCGAGGACAGCGUUCUUGUAACACCAUAGAUGCCGUUAAUCAGGUAACCAGUUCUACACAAUAGAAUAUAUCCACAUAAUUAUCUAAGGUGGCAGGAUGGUGUGUGUGGGUGUACGUAGAACGGUAUUAGAGACGAUUACCCACAAGUCGACGAUCAAAAGCAACAUUCAUUCGGCACAAUUUCUACAUUAAGUAAACAAAGUAAGGGUGAGUGUAUCCUGAUCCAUGUAGAUAGGUAGGUAACUGCAUUGGUCGUCCACAUAUGUAGGUAGGUAUCUAUCUAUAGAAUCGAAAUGACAAACUCCACCGCGUGUUGGCCUUCCACCAGUCAUACCCCAAAUAAGGGCGGUCUUCUACCACCAAAGGGAUCACAUAGGGCGGAUCGACCGUCCCUUGUCCUCCUUACGCCAACCCUCCAGCAGGUGGCGGUCGUAAUAGUCGUAGAUAGGUCAGACCUCCCGAUUAAGGUACAAACAAAUUCCCGGCGUAGAAAUCCACUAUCCAAUCGAAAUAACUCCGUGCCGAAGGCGAAGAGGGUCGGCAAAGUCACCUCCUUUGCUCGCCAAAAAAAGGACACCAACGUCCCGCUGCCAACAGAAGUGCGAACUUCAUUUGCCGAGCAGAUUAGAUUUUCUAUCAGUCAAACUCUUACGCCAUGCCAAUGCAAAUGGCUUAGGCGUCAGAGCGCGCAAAAGGGUAUCGCACAGCAGCAUGGCACGGCCAAUCCCUGUGUAGAAGAAAUGAAGACAAAAAUAGAACACCCAAUCCCCCAUAUUCCCCCAAUGGGGAUUUGGAGGGGAUCGGAGUUCGUGAGAUUAGAACGUAAGCCGGACACGCGCUUAACCAUCCACACACAGCCACCUAGACAUCCUUCGACUAUCCAAACAAGUAGUCCGAAAACCCGACAAUCAUUCAUUCAUCUUCUCGUCCACUCAUAUCUUCGUAUACAAUGAUGAAGAUCCACCGACCACGGGAGAAUCCGACACACUAAGAGAACAUGCUGUAGCGUUCCCAUCCCGCGAACCUUUUCAAGAUCCAUUUUGGGGUAUCCGUGAUUUUUCGAAUUUUCCUGGACAACGAAGCAUCGAUUCCACCACCAAAAU